UAAACUAUGCUAGGAGGAGAUAAUCAGGUCGCCGACGUGGACUAUCCGACACCGCGAGCGACGCGACCACUCCAGAGCUCCAACGCGGAACGGCGAUGUGGCGGGCGAGGCGGUGGCCGCGGCCCCGAUGGUUCUCGUCCGACACGGCGGCAGUGGGCGCCGAUUCGGGCAAUCCGGCGCGGCGUCGGGUGGCGGCGCUUUGGGGGAACGGGGACCACGGCCGGCUGGGGCUGGGGGCGCUGGAGUCGCGGUGGAGCCCCACGGCGUGCCCCUUCUUCCUCACGCGCCCCGCCGACCCGCCUACCUCGCUCGCCUGCGGCGGCGCCCACACCCUCUUCCUCACCGAGGGUGGGCGCGUGUUUGCUACGGGGCUGAACGACUUUGGGCAGCUCGGGAUAGGCUCCUCGAUGCCUCAUACUCUGGACCCUGUUGAAGUCUCUGGAUUUCAGGAGGAAAUUGUACAAAUUUCAGCUGGCAACCAUCAUUCUUGUGCAGUAACAGCGUAUGGUGAGCUCUUCGUUUGGGGCAAAAAUUCGAGUGGCCAGCUUGGCCUUGGCAAAAGUGCAGGAAAAGUAGUCUCUACCCCAAGAAAGGUUGACUACUUGGCUGAUGUUAGAGUGAAAAUGACUGCUUUGGGAUCAGAGCACUCAAUUGUUGUUACAGAGGAUGGUGAAGCCUUGAGUUGGGGAGCUGCUGGUGCUGGUAGACUUGGACAUGGCCAUAAAUCUAGCUUCCUGGGAUUCGCUAUGACCUCAAAUGAAUAUACUCCAAGGUUGAUAAAAAACCUUGAUGGUAUCAAGAUUAAAAGGAUAGCUGCGGGAAUGCUGCACUCAGCUUGCAUUGAUGAAAAAGGUACUGUGUUCAUGUUUGGGCAGAAGACUGAGAAGGUACUUGGAAGAUCAAAUGAUGCACCUAGACCAAGUGUUGUUGAAGAGAUACAAUUUUCAGAAGAAGUUGCUUGUGGAGGUUAUCAUACUUGCGCUGUAACAGAUCGUGGAGAUUUGUAUUCUUGGGGUUCAAAUGAAAAUGGCUGCCUUGGUCUUGGAGGUACAGGCAUGGUUCGCUUCCCAGAAGUUGUAAGAAGUUCAUUAUUUAAGCUUCCUGUAUCUAAGGUAUCCUGUGGUUGGAAGCACACAGCUGUAAUUUCAGGUGAAGAUAUCUACACGUGGGGCUGGGGAGGUGCGAACGGUACCUUCUUCGAAGAGGGCCAUUCUUCUGGCGGGCAAUUAGGGCAUGGAAACGACGUCGACUAUUGCGAGCCGAUGAUGGUAGAACUUGGCAAGAAUGCAAGAGCUGUUCAUGUAUCAUGUGGCUUCAAUCAUACAGGCGCGAUACUCGAGUAUGCGGAAAACUGACUGCUGUGCCAUCUGCAGCACUUACAGUGCAACCAGGCAUGUUUGGUACUACUCAGUCAUACCUGCACAAAGAAAAAGAAUAAGCUGACCUCGAACGAGUGAUGAACUCGUAAAACAGAAUUACAGGUUAGUCUAGCUGUAUAGCCUUCUUGCAUACAUCUUCAUUGUCAGCUUGUAUCUAUGAUAUUUGAUGGCCUGUAAAGAAGUGGUGUUUGACGUCGCACAGGCUGUGAUGUAAACGGCCAGUUGAAAAUGUAAACAUGAUUUUAACUAAAAUAAAUCUUGUCUUGUACAGUUACAAACUUGCAAUGUACAUGGAUCGUCCAUUGUUAUUUUUACA